UUUUUGUUCCCUUGCUCUCAUUUCCCUCCCCACCAUAAAUUGCCCCCUCAGUACACUCCAAGAAUGGAUCAGGGGCUAGGAAACCUACAGCCCUUCGUUAUCUUUUGCAUGAAUCCAGGCGAGGUCCCAACAACCUGUUUCUGAUUAGCGAUCAUCCAUUACUGAAAUGUCUCUCCCUGUUCCCUUCCAAUCACAGCCAACUGUUGGGUACCCCCACCCUGUUGUAGCCAAUGGGACGCCGCACUCCAAGGGCACGUUCGGCCCUGUCUUCGCCGUCCUGGCCGUGAUCACGGUGCUCGCGGCGAUCGCUUGCUGCAUCGGCCGCCUGUGCGCCCGGCGCUACUCGCGGCCCAAGACGCGCCACGACCGGACGUUCGACGCCAGGGCCGACCCGGAGAGCGGGAUGAAAGAAGGCAUGCCCAGGGUGAGGCCGACUGACCACAAGCACCCAAAGGAAGCCAAAGUUGUUGAUAAUGUUCCAGCCAAGUGACUCGACACUCUAUAGUCUAUACCACCACCGUAAAACAAGUUGUGCUCUUUUACUUUCUUCUUAGUUUUUUUUGGGACUGUUCUCAUCGGUGUGUAAUGUAAUGUGAAAUAUGCUCUCUUGGACUUUUAUAUGAUCACUGACCUGAUACCCGCGA